AUGAAUUGGCCUUGCUGUCAUACGUCAAAGCCGUCAGCGCAGCCUACACCAUACGACAUCUUCGAUCUGGAAAAAGGAGCUACAUAUUCGAAACAUAAGUUCUACGAGCUGGUCAAGAUCUACCACCCGGACCGCCAUGGUGCUGCUGCGCCGGGCGAGCCAAUACACGCCCUCACACCACUUGAGCGAAUCGAACGAUAUCGGCUGGUUGUUCUUGCUCAUGAGAUACUCUCCGAUCCCGCCAAAAGACGGGCUUACGAUGUCACUGGUGCUGGAUGGGGUGUGAAGUCUUCUGCGGCGCCUGGAUACUCUCGCACAUACCAUGCUGACACCCCAGAGUCACCAUAUGGCAAUGCAACGUGGGAAGACUGGGAGCGGUGGUAUGCCAGGACAUCGCAUCCCAAUAGUGGUGGUCCGCAGUCCUACGCCGGGACUUAUUUCAACCACAAUGCUUUCGCUUCCUUUGUCAUUCUCGUCGCCAUCUUAUCGGGUGUAUUUCAGGCGACACGGGCAGGAACCUCUGCGGCCGGCGUCGAAGAGCGAGCGAAGGCCUUUACUGCCCAGACGCAUCAAUUCAUGAACGAUCGCAAGGCCGAGAACGCUCAGUAUCUGACCAACGAGGGUAGCCAUGGGUUGAGACCAGAGCCGGUAGUACCUGUCCUCGGCCCUGCUGCCGAUGACCGAGUGCGACACUUUUUGGAGAGAAGAGACCCGAACCGAUAUGGGCUCAAAGAGGAAGAAGAGGGCCAUUACCGGCAGCACUUUGCGGGCAAGAAUUUCUCACCACCGCCCAAAAAUACGAAGAGUGGUCGGAGGGCGAAGUCGGACGAAGAUACCUGA